AGAGUGUUUGAUAGGAAUAAGAUUGUGUAGAGUAAAACACCAAACUAUGAAAUGAAAGAAUGAAUAUAUUUUUAAUGGCUAUUUGGAUUUCUCUUCUCUACUCUUUUCUUCUCUCUGGAUUCAAAGAUUAAAAGGGGAUUCGAUUUUCGAAAUACAGGGAAUUUUGAGAAUUUUUUUUUCAUUUUUUUUUUUUUCAAUUCUUUUGCAAAAAAUGGAAGAAGCAAAGGCAUUGCACCAGCAACAGCAACAUCAGCAGCAACAACUACUAUUACAACAACAGCAUCAACAUCAACAUCAGCAUCAGCAUCCACAACAUUUGCUGCUCUUACAGCAAUUGCAAAAGCAGCAGCAGCAGCAACAACAUCAACAACAACAAGCAGCUGCCAUUUCUCGAUUCCCUUCAAACAUUGAUGCUCACUUGCGUCCUAUUAGACCCCUCAAUCUCCAACAAAACCCUAACCCUAACCCUAACCCUUCACCCAACCCUAAUCCUAAUCCCAUCCUCAAUUUGCACCAGAACCCUAAUUCUAACCACCUUCCACAGCAGCAGCAGCAGCAGCAGCAACAGCCCCAGCAAUCGCAACAGCCGCAGCAGCAGCAACAACAGCAACAGCAACAGCAGCAGAAGGCUAUUCGACCCGGGAACCAAAUGGAGCUCCAGAUGGCAUACCAAGACGCUUGGCGGGUCUGUCAUCCGGAUUUCAAGCGACCCUUCUCUUCUCUUGAAGAUGCCUGCGAGAGAUUAUUGCCAUAUCAUGUGGUGGCAGACUAUGAAGCAGAAGAGGAUGAUAGGAUACUUGAUUCUGACACCACCGGCCAGGUUCUUUCACGGUCCCAGCAGUGGGAUAAUAAUAUUGCUGCUAAAAUUGCUGAGUUCACUGCAACUUUUGAGAAACAAGCACUUGCCUUCAACAUUAUAUCCCAAAAGAGAGGUUUGGGGGAAUUCCGGUCUGAGGAGAGAUUGAUGAUUGAGCAGGCACUACUCCAAGAGGAAAAACGGGCUAUGUUGGAACUAAGAGCGGAAUUAGAAUCCAGGGAGAAGGCUGGUCGUGAAGCCCAUGAGGCUAAACUACGGAUGGCAGCAAUGGUUCAAGCAGAGCAGGCUCGGGCUGAUUCACAAUCUCAUGCUGAAAUGAUGUCUCGAGUCCCCAUAAGAGGAAGUGCACAUGGUCAUCAUGACAUGGGAGAGCAGGAUCAGGGAGGUAACCCAGUUGAGAUGAUGAAUGGUUGGGGAAACAAUACACAGAGAGAUGAGAAAGAGCCAUCUGAGGAUUUCUUGAAUGAUGAAGCCGAAAAUGGAGACACUGGCACCCAGGAUGGCUGGCGUGAAGCUGGUGAAUUUGAUUUGAAUGCUAGGUGAUUCUCGACAGUGAUUGAAUAAAAACUUUCGGGAGGGUUUGUAUUAUGUGUAAGGGAUCAAUAUCCAUUUUGAAAAUAAUCUUUAUCCUGGGCAUCAACCAUCGUCUUCAAGUUACUAUCUUAAGAUUACUUUCUCAGAUGAAUAUCCAUUCACAAGGGCGGAAGGAAAACUAUUGAACCAGUAUUAGAUUGGAUGAAUAUUUAGUUUAUGCUCUUAGCCUAGUGUAGCGCACAUGGUUGGAUCAUUAGGUUCAAAGGAGUGUUAUAUAAGCAUACAAAUUCAGUCAAAUGUAUAUCUUACUUUUCCGGGAAGCUCUGGUUUCAUCGUUUUGGCAUCUGAUU